GACCUCUUAAGUCAGUUAUCAAGCGAUUAAGAGCUGCCGAGGCGGCAAAACAUCCACCAUCCCAAGCACUUAGUGACCAGUCCUAUUACGUAGCCCCUACUUACCACCGGUUGAAUGACCCCGCAAUCGUUUCUGCUACACUUCACAAUCCUGAAAGUGGUCACCUGUCCCGUCUCUUUGGUUCAUUGAAUAUGACCGCUCCUGCUAAUUCUCCGUCUCCGGUCACCGCAUCAUCUACACAAGGCGCCCUUCCAACACCUCAGACGACCCCAUCCAUGGUACAUGCUGCCAGAAAAUAUUUAAAACCCGCUUCGUCAAGGCCGCUGUUUGAAGAACAUGUCAAAGGCUCGUUUUCCUCACCUACGCCGCCAAAUUCGGAGAUUGAUGAUAACCCAAAUGAGUGUUCACGUCCGCCAAGUGCCAAACCAAAGCUCAAAUUCGAUUUCAUCUCCCCGUUUGAUGCAUUUGGCUCCACAAAGGAUGCGAAUGAAUUGCCUGCUCAACCCGCCGCGCCCCCUACUCCGGGUACUGUAGGAACAAAGCCACUAAUGUCUCCGACUUUGACCUCGACAGCCUCCACAUCACAACAUUCACCCUCGGCCCUUCGCUCUAAUGACUCCUCGACGCUUGAGCACUUUGCUCCGCCUUCGGUGGAGGCGAGACGAAUUUCAAAUGCCAGGAAAGCAUUGGCAUCUUUGGUGACCAACUCAGUGUCCAGCGGGGCAAAAUCGACUACGAAUGCGUCUCCUGACCCUCAUUCAAAUCGCCAGGCACAGCGUAUUGCGUUAUUACAGUCUCUCAGCACACAGUUAUUGCCAAAGUCGUCCUCUCCGCAUCCUUCUGCUUCCAGCCAACCUCGCAUCGAGGAUUCGCCAUUCGUCGUCAAUCCUGCUCGAGCUCCCACCAUUUCACCCUCUCAGCUAUUUACCCCACGAGCGCCGCAAUUGCACCCAUCUCCACUACACAUGGGCGCUACCCUGCCUCGCCACAUUACCAGCUUCCCAAUCUAUCCGAUUCUGGCGCAGCCUCGAGAACCAGCCAUUCCGUUGCAGCCAAGCCUUGACCCCGUACCCAACAACUAUAGAAUGAUUAGUGGAACUAAACCUUUGAUGCCUUUCCCUAUCCCUGGUAUCCCACCACCGAAUUCACACGGCAACGUCGCACCAAGGAAUGAUAUAUUGAAUUUGUUGAAUGGACCACAAGUGAGGUCUACCCCGUUCAAGCUUUCCCCCUUCACAAUACCACCCUUUACUUACCUCCAGCAGAGCAUGUAGAGCAUGUACAUACGAUGUUCCAAGAGUAACAGGGCCCAGAACUGGCUUCGUUUAUCGAGCCUGAGCCAAGCCAUGAUACGCAGAAUCAUUCAUUUGACAGGAUGACUCUGAGUUGCGAUAAACCCGACUAAUCCCAGGGACUUCG